GUUGCAUCAACGGCGUUUUGUUGACAUUUGUUUGUGAAAGACAAAAACAGUGGACACGCAGAGGAUGGGUAUUUUGGGAAAUCAACUAACGGACCUCGGGACAGACUAAAGACCACCGUGUCGUAACUAGAACUCAACUCUGCGUAUGAAGCGAAGUCUGGUCGAGAUUGGACUUAAAGCAAAGCUGAAAGAAGAUCAACAUCACCAGAUGCACGGACAGUCGGGAACAAAACAAACCGUGUCACCCUGACUACAUGAGUGGCUGAAUCAUUCACAGGCUAGCCAGAUACCAGACUGUUGUCUUAGGAGUAAGCUGAAGAAUGUGAAUCACAAUGGCCAACUUUGAAGCUUACCAGGAGUAUCAGAGAAUUGAGGACUUCGAGGAGGACUCACCACCAGGGGAGGAGGAUUUACUGGUGCAUGUGCCUGAAGGCCUGAAAGACUCAUGGCACCAUAUCAAGAACCUGGAUAACUUCUUCACGAGAAUUUAUCAUUUUCAUCAAAAGAAUGGCUUCGCCUGUAUGAUGUUGACAGAGUUUUUUGAACUUGUUCAGUUUUUGUUCGUCGUCACAUUCACAACGUUCCUUGUCAACUGCGUGGAGUAUGAUGUCCUGUUUGCCGAUCGACCAGUCAACCACACCGGAUCAGGCCACAGCCCUCUGGACAGGAAUAAAGUCACUCUGCCGGAUGCCAUCGCUUCCAGCCAGAAGUGCACUGAGAGGAUUCAAAACAACAGCUGGAUCAUAUUCCUUCUCAUCAUGGCGGCCAUCUUCUGGGUCUAUCGUCUUGUUAAAGUCUUUUGCAAUGUUUUGAGCUACUGGGAGAUCAGGCAGUUCUACAUCAAAGCACUGAAGAUCAGAAUGGAUGAACUAUGCAACUUCACAUGGCAGGAAGUUCAGGACCGACUCAUCAGCCUUCAGAGGGAACAGCAAAUGUGCAUACACAAAAAAGAGCUGACCGAACUUGACAUCUACCACCGCAUCCUGCGUUUUAAAAACUACAUGGUGGCCAUGAUAAACAAAUCGCUGCUGCCGGUGCAGCUGCAGGUCCCCUUCCUGGGAAAUGUGGUGUUCCUAACCCAGGGCCUCAAGUACAACUUUGAGCUCAUUCUUUUCUGGGGCCCAGGCUCCCUGUUUCAGAAUAAGUGGAACCUCCACCCCAAAUACAAGCGCAGUGGAAACCGCCUAGAGCUCGCCCAGCAGCUCAGCAGAAUCAUCCUGCUGAUGGGUUUGGCUAACUUGCUGCUAUGUCCCUUCAUCCUGGUGUGGCAGGUGCUCUAUGCGUUCUUCAGUUAUACAGAAGUGAUCCGCAGAGAACCUGGCAGUCUGGGCGCACGCCGCUGGUCCCUGUAUGGUCGUUUAUACCUGCGUCACUUCAAUGAGUUGAACCACGAGCUGCAUGGACGUUUAGGUCGUGGCUACAAACCCACCUCCAAAUACAUGAACUCCUUUACAUCGCCAAUGCUCACUGUGCUGGCUAAGAACAUUGCCUUUUUCUCAGGCUCAGUGUUGGCUGUUCUCAUUGCACUGACAGUUUAUGAUGAGGACGUACUGACAGUGCAGCACAUUCUGACCGCUAUCACUGUGCUGGGGGUAGUUAUAACUAUCGCCAGGUCUUUUAUCCCAGACGAGCAUAUGGUGUGGUGUCCAGAACAGCUGCUGCAGUGCGUGCUGGCACACAUUCACUACAUGCCAGACCACUGGAGGGGCAAUGCUAACAAGAGCGAGACCCGUGACGAGGUUGCACAGCUGUUUCAGUACAAAGCGGUGUUUAUCUUGGAGGAGCUGCUCAGUCCUAUUGUCACGCCCUUCAUUCUCAUCUUCGUCCUGAGAAACAAGUCUCUGGAAAUCAUUGAUUUCUUCAGGAACUUCACUGUGGAGGUGGUUGGAGUUGGAGACAUAUGUUCCUUUGCGCAGAUGGACAUCAGACGCCAUGGAAACCCAACAUGGAUGUCAGAGGGCCAGACGGAGGCCUCCAUAUACCAGCAGGCUGAGAACGGCAAGACCGAGCUGUCUCUCAUGCACUUCACCAUAAAGAACCCACACUGGCAGCCACCUCAGGAGAGUUCAGUAUUUAUCAGCCAUUUGAAGGAGAAGGUGCAUCACGAUGCCCAGGGCGGCCCCUCCACCCAGCUGCUGCUCUCAGAGGCUCCUCUCUGCACCUCACUACAGUCCAACGAGUCAGGCACUGGGCCUGAUAAUCUUUUGGCCAGUGUGCUGGCCCACCCUAUCCUGACUGCAUCAGGACUACAAGGGCGAGACAGUCGCUUCAUCCCACCAAGCACUGCUGCUUCUGCUGCAGCCAGUGUCCUGGCCUCUUUGUCCACCUCUCAGCUUGCAAAUGCUAGUCGUGGUCGUUCACAUGGCCUCCUGCCCUCCUCUCUCCACCAUGAGACCACCAUGUACCGCAGCGAUCGCACCGUCAUCGACAGUAUGUCUAACAGUGACUCUCGCAUUCGGAGUAAUGCACUGCACUCAGAGUUUGCCUCAGCUGAGAUGAGUCUCCAUGCCAUCUACAUGCAUGAGCUCCACCAGCAGAGCUCCCACCCACAGAGAACGUCGGGGCAGUGGCAGAAUCCAGUGCCAAUGAGAGAUCUGCACACAAACACUGGUUUAAAGGCACGUAGUGGCCUUGGUUCCAGCAUUUCCAUGCCGGCUCCUGUUCACCUUGGUGGCUGGCAAGAGGAGGAAGAAGAGGAGAAUGAGGAUGAUCAGGAGAUUAAUAGUGGAUCUGCUCCAAAACAGGGCACUGGGAGUAAUUGUUGAAGUGCCUUUUGUCAUAAGUGUUUACAUUUUGCUUUCUUCAAUGAACAUUGUGGCCUUAGACGAUCUUCAUGGAGAAAUUAGCAUGGACCUUUAAUACGUCGUUCAGCAUUUGUUGUAGGAGGGGCUCAUUGAAUAACCACUAUCUCUGCACCUCCACACCUCAUCCUGUCAUAUCAGGCAGACUAUGGCAUCAGGGAAACCAUACGUCUUCCGUCCACUUCAUCCUGAUUUUGUCAUUAACUUGUACAAACUGCACAUAAAGCUCGUAUGACAGAGAGGCAGUGUAGUGCAUUCAUAGGGUCAGUGUGCGUCGGUGGUGGUUGUGGACAGUUUUAAUUGUAAAAUGCAAAAGGCUCAUCAAAAAUUCUGCUGUGCCUUUGUGUGCACAAUUCAAGUAUUUGUGCAUCACAGGGUUUAUCAGUACAAGUAUAACUGAAACUCCACAGAGUGGUGUCUUGAUGUGUGCUACAGUACAAAGACUGCUCAUUGUAUCUUAGCUGCCUGAACAAUUUUUACCUUCUCAAAAGAAAAAAAAUCAAUAUUUCAACUUGUGCUGUUUGACCCUUGUGAUAUGUUCAUACACUUUUGCGUCUUAGUAAUACUUUUAAACCUGAUUCUGUUUUUUUUUUUAACUUCAAGAGCUAAUCCUUGAAAAUGAUACCAAGUAUUGAUAUGAAAACAAGCUGACUGUACAGUAGCCGUACUACUAAAACGCCACGUGUAUCUGGAAAAAGCGUACAUAGAGUUGUAUAACACGUCUUUAAACCAGACAUACCCGUGCUUUGAUGCUGCUAUCUGUGUUUAUUGUUCCCUAAUGCAGAUUUUGUUCAGUAUUAAUAUUUCUACGGCGGAUGUAUCAAGAUAUUUGCUUUUCUUAAAAACCGAAAUAUGGGACACCAAGUACAUUUAGCAUCAAAAUCCCAAUGCAGAUAGAAGAUGCCUUUUAAGACUUAUUAAGCUGGACACAAAGCCAGCUUUAUGCCUUAACAUCCAAAUAAAAACGUCUAUUUAAAUCCUAGUUUUCCGUAUUACCUCAGUAGUGGCAAAUGAACACUAAUACUUCAAUCGAUACCUCUGCAGUGUAUUUACCGUUGUGUAAAUAUUUAUACAUAUGGAUUUUCUUUGCAGUGUACAGGUGCAUCUUUUAACUGCAUUCUGAUUUUAAUGGUAGGUGUAAACAGAAACCAUUUCAUUUUCUCUUCUUAUUUCACGCCCAGCAGAUGUUUUGAGUCGAGCUUUGGUGUCCCAGAAAUGGUGGAAUCGUUUUUUUAAAGAACAAAACAGAGUGGUAUUGCUUUUACAAAUCCUCGUUGUGCACAUUAGCAUUGUUUGUGUCCUUCUCCCCAAAAUGCUCACAUAAAAAUGGAACGCAUCAUAAGGGCUGAUGUCAGAGUGUGUGCACUGUUGCAUCUGUUGAAUUGAAGAAUUUAGGGCGGUAGAGCACAAGGAGAAAAAGCUUUUGCAUAGGCGCCGUCAUUUAUUAGCUUUAGCAAUAUUUCUUACCUGUUUUCCCCACAUGUGUAAUUGACACAAGUAUAAAUUUAUUACUUAUUUUAAAAAGUAUAUUUGAAUUGUUUUGCCAAAAAAAAAUACUUUUACAUAUGCUUACAAUCUUUUUAAUGAAAGAAAUCGUAUGUGCCCCCCAUGACAUUUGUUUUAGACAUUGAUUUAAAAAGAAACUUUUUUAUUAAUGCAAAGAUGACAUGCCCAGCUGCAUGAUGCUGAAUGUGAUUUACACUCAGAAUAAACAGGGACUAAAUCAGCUUGUCGAUGCAGUGUGCGAAAUAUUACCCAUUUUUACUGCAUUCUGCAAACAGUGCAUCACAGUAAUAUAAAUCCCAUCCUCCACUACUGCAGAAGUCCAGAGGCUACAAAUAUAUCUUUUCCCUCUUGCGUGUUUAGAAAAUAUUCUACUUUUUUUGUUGAGUGUGUAUGUGUCGGUGGAAAGAAUGCAUUUUAAGACUCGCGUAACUAACUCAGACUUUUGCACUGACAGAAAACCGGUUUUUCAAUGUGUGUGGGAGUGUAUGUAUGUGUGUGUGUGUGUGUGUAUAUAUAUAUAUAUAUAUACAGUGCUUGCAUCAGUGACCAUGUAGAAAAGGUUUUAUCAGCUCAGUCUCCCUCCUGAUCGAUCUCCUCACAUUGUACAUAAGAAAAGCAUCAUGUAUUGUCAUUGACCACAAGAAAACAUUGUGGCCAAUCAAAUAAGGUCAUUCUUACCUCUGGUCAGUAAAAGUUCACCCUUUAGGGAAUAAUGUGUGUUUCUGUCACACACUUGGAUAUGCUUACACAGUGUUUGCUCACAGAGUUUUGACAGUCUCCACAAAAACAUCUAAUAAAAUAAGAUAAACCACCCCACUGUAGCGUUUAAUGUUAGUCAUUUUAUUAUAAGCAGAAGCAGUGCCUUAGUAUUAAGGAUUAGCAUUUGCUCUUUUUAGAAGCCAUUUUAUGUAAACUGUCAGAUUUGCUUUCACACACCUAACAGCACAUGCGGUGUACAGUAUUUCCGAUCGGUGAGUCAUUGUGUAUAGCAACAAGUAUGUAGUGAAACUGUGGAUGUGGCAUGGAAGAUGCAAACCGAUGCUGAGAGCUCGUGUCGGUCUGUUGUGUCUGGCGGCACGCUUCUUCUCGUCACGGUGUCUGAGAUUGCACUGUCUUCAAUAUUCUAAAGAUAAGCAGGAGUACGCCUUGUAAUUGGCAGCGUCAUCAUGGCCAAACCUCUCAUCAUGCUAUGGUUUCUUACCCACUAUACACCAGUCGAGGAAUCACAGUGACUGGAACAAGGUGCUAAGUUUUCAUCCUGACACGAUGAAUAUGUUUUCAGACAUGUCUUGUUUUGGGUGUUUUUUUUGUUUGUUUGUUUUGUUAAAAAGGUUUGUCUGUUUUGUUCUGUAAAUUAAGAAACAAUAGCUGAAAAGUGAAACAUGCCAAAAGAACUUGUUUUCGGCACAGCUUUACAAUAUGUGUUGUUUUCUGUGAGUGAGUAGAAAGACAAGUAAAUCUUAUUUUGAGUGUAUUUAAUCAUUUCAUGUGUGGUUGAUUAUGUAUUUGUUUAUUUGAAAUAAAAAUCUAUUUUAAUUUUU